AUGGCCGCAGCAGCUUCCUAUGGCCUUGGUCGAUACGACAAAUAUCUUACACCAGGCAACAGAGCCCAAGCCCUGCGCUUCGUCUUCACAUACGAAAUGACGGUAUCUAUUCAGCUUGCAGCAGCGCUCGCUUCGACCAUCUGUCUCUUUAUCCAGUGCAGACCCUUACGUGCCAUGUGGGACAUCGUCCCCGACGCAAGAUGCUGGGCUCCGCCUCAACUACACAUAUAUGGCUUUCUGUAUACUGGUAUCGGCAUCCUUACCGACGUCAUAUUCGUUAUCAUGCCAUUACCCAUAGUCUGGAGACUUCAUCGACCUCUACGCGAGAGGCUCAUCAUCGCUUUUCUACUGUCUGUAAUACUCUGUGCCACGGCUGCUGCCAGCGUAAAGCUCUACUAUGUACGGGUCAUUGUGCUUGAAGGAGAGCAGCUCCGGUCACUAGUGGCGCCAACCUUAUGGAGCAGGAUUGAAGAGAUCGCCCUCAUUGCUGCCGCUUGUGCACCUUCGCUAAAGUCCUCGACUGAAGAUGGUCUACGUCAGUGUUGGCAUUGUUGUGCAAGACAUCGUCAGCAAGAGCGAUCGAGCAGUUGUGUAUCUGAAUCGGAUCGUUCCAGUUUACGCGCCUUUCUGGAUCAGUAUGCGUCUGCGUCAUUGCGUGUGCCGGAGCGAGCGUACCGGAAACUUGAGGGAGUCUGA